AUGGCUCCGUUCCUUAGGUCAUCCACCUGGACUGAGGCCCUCCUAGGAGGUGCUCUCUGGUUGUCUGUGCUGUGGGUACUGCUGUCACCUGUCUGCUGUUCCCGUGGCCCACCAAAAUGGCGCUUCAUGACCUCUGAAGUUGUGAUUCCAAGGAAGGUUCCCCAGAGAAUGGGUGGAAACAAUAUGCCAGACCAGGUCGCUUAUAGCAUGCGCUUUAGGGGACAAAGACACGUGAUCCACAUGAAACUCAAGAGGAACAUGAUUCCUGAAAAUGUUCCUAUAUACACUACUAAUGACCAAGGAGCUGAGCAGGAGGAUCACCCCUUUAUUCCUCGGGAUUGUUACUUCUACAGCUACCUGGAAGGGGUCCCUGGGUCCCUAGCUACACUAGACACCUGCAAAGGAGGUCUGAGUGGCAUGGUGCAGGUAGAUGAUUCCACUUAUGAAAUCAAGCCGUUGGCAACUUCUUCGAAGUUUGAGCAUGUAAUUUCUCUGAUUGCGGUGGACGAAAGGUCACGUGAGUCUAAAAAGUGUAGAAAUGAGGAUGUGGUAGAGGUUAGAGAACCCCCAGAAGAGAUGAAAUUUGCUGGAAGCCCUAGAGCAGCCCCAACGUAUUUGUGGCGUGUCCAUACGAAAAAUCUGAGAGUGCACUACACGGUGACUCAUUCAUUACACCAACUCGCCAACAAUUUUACUUACUCACUCGAGUUGGUACUGAUAAUAAACAGCAUAUCAGAUAGCAUUUAUAAACUAACUGGCUUGGGUGUCUAUGUAACUGCGGUGUGUAUAUGGGAACAUAGUGACUCACACGACCUAAGCAGGUGGUUCAAUGAUGGUCCAGGGUAUCUACAAAAUUUUGGCAUGUGGAAAUCCAGAUUUCAUACAGAGAUACCAAGCUCCGUUUCAGUUAUUUUUACAGGAAAUAAAGUUGCAAAUGCAGAUUAUCUAUCCAAUCAGGGGUCUUUGUGCCACAGUGUCAACUCAGUAGUAUAUGUAUGUCUGCAACACCGCCAUUUCUUUCUGGCUGCAAGUUUGAUGUCUCACGCAAUAGGUCACUCUUUGAGUAUAACGCAUGAUACACCUGGCUGUGUCUGUUUCAGAAGAAGCAGUUGUGUCAUGAAUGAACAUCCUUCUCUUCUGGAUAUGUGGAGCAAUUGUUCCUUCAUUGAGAUACAUACUAGGAUCCAUGGCUGGGAUAGUUGCCUGAGCUCGAUUCCUCAGCCAUAUCACAAUUUUAAAUACGAAGUUUCCCGUUGUGGAAAUCUAGUGGUGGAUUCGAACGAGGAAUGUGACUGUGGCUCCUUUAAAAACUGCACCCACAACAUGUGCUGCACAACUGCUUGCACAUUUACUCAGGGCAGUACUUGCGAUGUAGGAGGUUGCUGUAUCAAUUGUAACUAUGCAGAAGCUGGAGUGAGAUGCAGAGACAAACAAGGCAUUUGCGAUCUGCCAGAAUACUGUAGCGGAACAGCAAAUCACUGCCCAGAAAAUAGUUAUAUCAUGGAUGGAACUCCUUGCUCAUCACUAGCAGUCUGCAUGUCAGGGAACUGCAGCGACCGUAAUUUGCAGUGUCAAGCUCUUUUUGGAUACAAAGUAAAGGAUGCUUCACAAACAUGCUAUGAAGUAUUAAAUCGCCAAGGUGACCGAUUUGGAAACUGUGGGCUUAAAAUACUGCUUUCAGGAAGCAAGCCUAUCAAAUGUCAAGAUGACGAUAUCUUUUGUGGACUCCUACACUGUGAUGGUGUCACUCGUAUCCCUGGCGGAGGUGAGCACUCUACAUUUCAUCACAUAAAGGUACGCGAUGUUAAGGAGCACCAGUGCUUUGGGUAUGAUGUACACCAUGGGGCAAAUAUUCCAUCUUAUGGGCUUGUAGUGGAUGGUGCAACUUGUGGCCCUGGGAAAUACUGUAAAGCACAAUCAUGUGUUUUUCAUCAGACCUUGAAUUAUGCAUGCAACAUUAGCAAAUGUAACUUCAGAGGGGUGUGUAACAACCAUGGCAAUUGUCACUGUGUGCAAGGUUGGGAACCACCAACGUGUGAACAAACAGGAGCGGGCGGUAGUGUGAACAGUGGUCCUCCACCUUCCACUGAGAAAAGGUUUCAACCCGAAAUACAUGUGAGUGUAAACAGGAUCUUACUUGUUUUAUUUACUCGUAUGGUUCUCAUCUUGGCUUCACUUCUUUUUGGUGGAAUUAUAAGAGCAGCCAUAGUUAUAGAGACCAAACAAGUGAGAGAAAAUCCUCCUGCAAACUGAUUUCCUUCCAUACUAAUUGGAGCUACACAAGAAACAAAGUCCACAGCAAUUACUACAAGAAAUU